AUGUCGGCUUUGACGCAUCUAGCGCCUUUAGCGCGCGUUGGAGGCCACUUCUUCAGGGCCGCGCGCGCGCAGGCGGCUGGAGGCGCUGGAGUCCGUCAUGCUGGUGGAGGUGUGCAUAUCGAGCCCCAGUACAGGCAGUUUCCCCAGCUGACCAGAUCCCAGGUGAUCAAGGCAGAGUUCUUCAGUGCAACCAUGUGGUUCUGGAUUCUCUGGCGCUUUUGGCAUGACUCAGAUGCCAUGCUGGAUCAUUUUCCAUAUCCAGAUCCUUCCCAGUGGACGGAUGAAGAAUUAGGGAUCUUUCCUGAUGACGAAGACUGAAAAUGUAGACUCAACUCUUUCCAAGAGCCAGGUGAGAAUUUCAAGAA